ACAGGUUUCUGCUUCGAUGACCCCGAGUGCUGCUCCGACCGUUGCGUUGACCGAUGGUGUUUAUAAAUAUGCAUGCAGCAAGAGCUAUAUGGGUAUAAUGGCAGCAUUUUGAGCGUAAGUCAUCUUUAGAUGUAUAUAGGAUGAAAAAUCAUGGUCACUCGGCUAAUCAGUUGUUUGACUAGCCUUUUCUCUCCUUCAAAUAAACAAAGCCAGAACCAAGAAUCUUUUGUUACAACCCUGGCAUUUGAUUGAAACAUCUGAAAGAAUAGCUGUUUCUAUAGCUAUAGACCUUUACUGAAAUCUAUAACUCGCUCCAUCGUUUUCGGGAUGAGAUGAAACAGUUGGUUGAGAUUUGGGCCAAGAUAGUUUGAUAGAUUAUGUAAUAACGACACUUGCCAAGCUUUAUUUUCCUUCUUUUGAAAAGUGGGGUCAACCAAUAGUCUAGCCUGAAAGGGACUAGUGGGUACGCAUCAGCAAACCCCAUGUCACGGGGUUGUCGCUCACCUUGUGGCUAUCAUCAUUGUCAUAUCAUCUUCAACUGAAUAGUGGUCACAUCUUACUGCGAAGAGGGGUAACGGAUAUACAGAUGUAAAGAUACUGUUAUCCAUCUCUCAAGUAGCACUCAGACGGACGUUUCUGACUAUGCAAGUAUCGUUCGGUAGUGUUAGGUUUUAUCAGCAAAAUGCGCCCUGCAGCCUCCUCCAAUUCAGCGCGAGGACGUCCCCGCAAAACUGCCACACCGAACAUAAUCAAUGCAACACCCUCCAGCGAGCUUCGAAACGCCUCUCCCCCAGCAUUCUUUCUAUCUCGGGGUAACGAAAUGGACGGAUCUGACUCCAGUGCUCCAGGAACCCCAAAUGAUAGCACUUAUGGAGUGCAGAGCUUAGCAGAUACAAUUGAUGAUGGGAUCAGCGGGCCGUUGCCUCCCUUCCACAGUGAUGUACACGCGACCCCCGAAGGUGAUGUUGGUAGUUCACCAUUAUCAGCCACAUCCAGAGCUGCCAUGCCCAACACACAGGAACACAAGACUGAAGACUCAUUAAAACCCCAUCACUAUCCAUUGUCAGAUAUCGGCAUUACUCUCUCUGGAACUCCUUCAUUUAUCGGCUCCCCAGGCGAACCAAAUUCCCUGCCAAGUAGCCCGAAAUCCUCCUCAACACGGUCACUUAGGAAUGUUGACGAUAUGCCUGCAGUGGGAGGAAGCGGCUAUACCGAUGGCGAGCCUGAUAUAAAUGAGGCCCAGGUGGAGCCAACAGAGUUACAGGACAGUACUUCUCAGUUGGUGAUGCCUAGUAUCAAAAUCCCUAGUCGACGCCCCUUUACAGACAGGGGUAAAGCUAUGGGACGGCUAAAGAUCCUCCUUGCUGGAGCACCAGGUAAUUAUGUACACCCACGCUUCACUUAGACUCUGUGUCUGAUUGCUAAUGGAUUUUGAACAGGCUGUGGCAAGACUUCGUUAUUGAAAUCUUUUGGACAACUAUCUGCAGACAUAGUGCAUAUGGAUCCGUUGCCAGAUUCGGUGUCUAUUCCACCUUCAAGUUUGGUAAAGUCUCGCAGGAAGGGGAGUACGAAGCCUCGGCGUAUCAGAGAGUGCGAACCAAUAUCUGAAAUAUAUGCUAGCACAAAGCCGUACCCAUCCUGGUGGUCAGAUAUGGAUGAUUCUCGUGUCCUCCGGCGAAGAAAGAGUUUGGGUGAUGUCAUAUUGGAGAGAAAUCUCUGCUUCGUCGACACUUUUGCUGGUUCGAAGAAUGCCGAUCAACAGACAGAGGUGAUCAUUCAAUAUAUGAACAAGCAAUUCACGCGGGCCGUGUCUGCUGUACGGUCUGUAACUACAGAUUUCCAAGGGUUGCUUUGCGGAAAUGGUGGUCCCCAGGUAGACGUCAUCCUUUAUCUGAUAUCCGAAAAAACUAUGACUGCUGAUAUUCGCAGUAUUCAAAAGUUAUCCAACUUCACAACGGUGGUUCCACUGAUUGCCAAGUGUGACAACUAUACACCUGCUGAAGUUCAGGCAAUAAAGAAAUCUUUCAUUGAGCGGGUGCGAGAUGCAGAUAUGAAACUGUCUUGCUUCGGUCCUUUUGGAGAAUCCUUGACUAAUGACCAUGUGUCGGGCCCGGGCAUUCCCUUUAUGGCAUCUUCUGCAACGACUAAUGACGAUGAGACUAUGGAUGCGAGUGUCCUCAUGAGUCCCGAAUACGUACAGCCAUUGGUACCUUCAGACUUGGGGUUUGUUCUGGAAAGGCUCCUUGAUAGAGACAACGCCGCGUGGUUCCGACACUCUGCUGCUAAGAAGCUGGUAGAAGUCCAGCAACAACCACGCUCCCGUGCGCCAUCGAACAACUUUCUACGAACAUCAAGCAACUAUGGUGUCUCGUCUCUCCCUGACUCACAUCUAUCCCCUUAUCUGCCUUCCACACCAGCAUCUGCCUCACACGUGCUUGCUCCGCCAGGCGAGAGGCUAGGACUGUCUGAAUAUACGCUUGCGCGAAUGACAGAACAUACUCGACGUGAAGAACAGUAUGCUCAAGCGAGGCUGGCAAAAUGGGCCGCUGACCUGCAGCAAAGCCUACAAAAUGAAAGAAACCGUUACGAGCAGCUAGGUCGUGGAGAAAGGGCUGUAUGGCUGACCGAAAAGCUGGGUGAAUGUGUGGCUGACGGAACCCUGGUGCCGCUCUCCCAGACACCAGGCUUCCCUGGUUUCGGGAACACCGUGGACAGAGCAAAUGAGAAAGGAAACCUUUGCGUGCAGACGCAGGACGGCCGCCGGUUUGAGUAUCGAGUUGCAGCGGGAAAUGUGAACGCGGCCGACCCCCUGGGCCUGCUGAAGCUUGGAGACGACCUCUCACGACGGGGAUGGGUGUUGGUUCAGGUGCUGGGCGGUGUUGGCAUAGUGGGCGGACUGGCGUUAUGGAUGGCACAGACCUGGGGUCUCUCUGGUGUAAAUGGCUCCGCGGUGCAUCACUAGACCGGACCGGAUGGGAGCAACGUCGGCGUUCUGGAGUCCUCUUUCACCUCACUUUUGCUAGACGCUAAUGAUUAGUUAUCUAUUCACUUUGAUUUACUUAUUCAUACUAGCAUCUUCGCUCACUUUCUUUGCUUUCUUCUACGUCUCGGCGCUUAUCGUCACUUAUCAGUUGCGGUGAAGUGCAAAACUGC